AUGUUACUGGCAGUAGAAGGAGGGGGUUUCUUCUCAGCGUCCGCGUCUGGGUAUAGUAAGGGAUUGACCCUUCUUUUCUCUGGUGAUAAGGACGGAGAUAGGCCCAUGAGAGUUGUGCCGUGGAAUCAGUACCAGGUGGUUGACCAAGAGGCUGACCCUGUUCUUCAGCUGGAUUCCGUUAAGAGCCGAGUUUCCCGCGGUUGCGCUUCCUUCAGUUGUUUUCGUGGCGCUUCCGCUGGACUUGAGACCCCACCAUGUCCUCUUAAAGUAGAACCUGUGCAGCAGCAUCGUGAAAUAUCAUCAUCAACAGAGUCUGUUGUUGUUUCUGAAAAGGGCAAAGACCACAUAAGUAGUGAAGCUGAUAACAGCAGCAAAGAAGCUUUCAAACUCUCAUUGAGGAGUAGCUUGAAGAGGCCGUCUGUCGUGGAAUCACGGUCACUUGAGGAUAUAAAAGAACACGAGACAUUGAGCGUGGAUGGUAGCGAUCUCAUUGGUGACAUGGGAAGGCGGACAGUGCAGUGGCCAGAUGCUUGUGGUAGUGAACUCACUCAAGUUAGAGAAUUUGAGCCGAGUGAGAUGGGAUUAUCAGAUGAAGAAUGGGAGACGGGACGAGAAAGGACAUGUUCGUGUGUGAUCAUGUAG